GAAGCCACAGAACGUGACACUUCUACCACAUCCAGGGAACAUGUCCCUAGGUUCUUCAUUGUCUAUGCCGAUGGUUCAGGGAUUGAAAUUCUUCAGAACAGUUAUGUGGAAGAAUACCUGUCUGAGGCAUAUGGUGAUCCAGCUACAGCAGUUUUGCAAGAGCCAGUACAAGAAUGUCCAGGUGUUCUUAGUGUCACUGUCCUCCGACCUUUGACUGAAGCCUCUGUCUGGUUAAUGAAGAAAGAAUCCACCAGUAUUGUUCCUCCAAACCUACAGUCAAGAAACUGGGAUACAUUUCCUCCUUUUGAGAGGAAAAUUCCAGGUCCUCCAUUUGGCACCCAUAUUUGGAAAGGACUGCACAUAGGAUCCAAAGAGUCUGCCUGCCCUCCAACGUCUGUACAAAAAUGCCCUAAUGUGCUGCAAGUCCGUCAGCUGAUUCAGUAUGAGCCAAUCAGUAAUGAGCUGAGAAGGAAGCUGGAACUUUCUCUCAAGAAGUACAUAGAAAACAUCCUGAAGCAGGAAGAUGAGAUGCAAGAAAUGAGCAUUAAAGAACCAAGAAGCAAGGAAGAGAAGGUUAAUGCAGCUGAUCUCCUCAAAUUGGUUAUGUCUUUCCCUAACUUGGAGAAAUCAUCCAAAGAUCUCAGAACUAGAGCUCACAUAGCAGAGUUAUAUAAACAGGCAGUGGCCCCUCAGCUCCAAACUUCAUCAAAACACAGUGAGAAGAACUGGCAGAAAUUGAGCAAAGAAGAAUUACCCCAAGUAUCUCAAUGGCAGAAAAAAAUAGAGCAGCACAGGAAGGAACUUGAUGAAGGAAAGUACUGUCUAAUGGCAAUAAGAAAAAAAAUAAUUCCACCCUAUUUUGAAUCUGAACUUGGCAGAGAAUUUCUUCUUAAACAGUUUCCUGAUUUGGAAUCUCUCUCUAAAGAACUUCCUCCAUUUCCAAAGAAAGAGAGAAAGGAGUCCUCCUUAGAGACAAUCUCCAUUAGCAGUAAUUUUGAGUUCAGUGCAGUAUCAAAAGAGAUACAUGCCACAGCCAGUGACUUUUUAUCCUCACUCAAUCCUUUGUCAGACAGUUCUUCAGAAUGGGUUCAAGUUUCCUGCAGCCAUUCUAUAGCAGAACUGAGUAGAGCUGUGAGAACAUCUGAGAUACCCUUCCAGCCUCAAACACAGAGCCUGAUGGUGGAUGCUUCUGGGAAGCCAAAGAAAAAAAAGGUUAAAUUGCCAUCAUCUAUCAAGGGGUGUAAGCCAGAGUCUAAACCAAAUGAAAAGAUAGAACAUCCUAUUGGUGGAAGAGUCAACAUAUCAUCUCAUGAAACAGCGACAAAGUGUCUUAGUGGCUUCCUUCUCAUCCCUGCUCAAGUGACCUUUGGGGUGCUGAAGGAAGGCUGCACCUAUGCAACCACAGUGAUCUUGAAGAAUGUUGGGGUGGACUUCUUAAGGUUUCGGGUGAAGCAGCCACCUCCCAGCACUGGCCUAAGAGUGAUUUACACACCAGGGCCUGUGGCAGCAGGAUUGCAGGUUGAACUGGAGAUUGAGAUUUAUGCCAUGGUGAUUGGAAAAGAAGGUACUGAAGGCCCUGGAGAAAUUUCCUGUCGUAUUGAAAUUUUAACAGAAACAGAGACACUCUUCCUGCCUGUGGAAGCAAAUAUCCUUUGCUGAGCUAUCGCAUAAAGAUCAGAGCACUGGAGGAGCAACACCAAAACCAGCAGUACCAACAUACCUGCAUUUUACUUAACUAUUAUUGUAUCAACUUUUCCCCCAUAAAUAUAGUGACUCAAUUCAUUCACACCUAACUUGAUUAAAAUAUUUUAACUACUGCAUCAGUUUCUUGAUCAGUUCUCCCAUGAUGCUGUAUCCUGACCUUAUAAUACAGCUUCCCAAAGAACAGAGCAAACAUCAGGUUAGCUGUGAAAGGAUUAAACACCAUUGCGAGAUUCCACUUUUAUCCUCCUCUUUGACUUCAUAGCAAAUAAAGAGGAUUUUUUUCCCCCAUAUACACCUUGCAAAUUCAUUCUAAGAUUGGACAGUCAGGCUGGGUUUGCUCUAUUUUACAUGGCAUCACCAACAGUAAAAAGUUCUGUUGUCCUCAGAUACAUCAGCCACUUAGUUGCCUUCAGCACAAUUGCUUGGGUAUAACUGGGCUCACAAAUGGCAAGUCAGUGAGGUCAAUGAUCAGCUGAACAGCUGGAACAGUUAUUUAAAAAAUCUAGACAAUUCCUGAACCAAAAACAGGUCCAGCUCCAAGUCCCUGCAC